UCCUGUUUUGGCUCUUCCAUGUUUCUUCUCCGUUAUGUUUUGCCGCUGACAGAUGCUGUUGUUCUUAUUUAAACAAUAGCAGUAGGUCAGCUAUCAGCUGCUUAGCAGUUAGUCCCACUGUUCGAUUUAUUGAGCACGAUAGGAAAAGCCCUAGCAAUAGCAUGGAUGUUAUCAACAGGUACGUUACAAUCAAGUCCCACGUGGAUGGUGCACCACAAGAGUCUGAUUUCGAGCUCAAGGCUACACCUCUUGCUCUGUCCCUGGACCCUGGGUCCAAUGAAGUUAUUGUGAAAAAUCUCUACGUUUCAAUUGAUCCUUACCAGAUAAACCGCAUGAAAAGCUACAGCUCAUCACAGAAGAAUUCCGAUUUUGCAGUUGGCAUUAUUCCUGGUGAGGCUAUUGAUACUUACGGUGUGGGCAAAGUUGUGGCUUCUGGGAACCCUGAAUUUGAUAAGGGUGACAUUGUUGCCGGGCUUCUCAACUGGGGAGAGUACACCGUGAUCAAAGCCAGUGGCAUGUUAAACAAGCUGAACCACAUGGGGUUUCCGUUGUCUUAUCAUGUUGGAAUUUUGGGGUUCAGUGGACUGACAGCCUAUGCCGGAUUCUUCGAGGUAUGUAAGCCCAAGAAGGGGGAUAAAGUGUUUGUUUCUGCUGCUUCGGGAUCAGUCGGAAAUUUGGUUGGACAAUUUGCAAAAUUGUUUGGUUGUUAUGUGGUUGGAUGCGCUGGAAGCAAAGAAAAGGUAGCAUUGCUUAAAGAAAAGCUUGGCUUUGAUGAUGCUUUCAACUACAGGGAAGAAACUGAUUUGAAGUCAACUCUCAAAAGGUACUUCCCUAAUGGAAUUGACAUAUAUUUCGACAACGUCGGAGGAGAAAUGCAAGAAGCAGUUAUCGAUAACAUGAACAUCAAUGGAAAGGUAGCUGUUUGUGGGGUAAUUUCAGAGUAUACUGAUAAUGAAAAACGAGCUGCGCCGAGAAUGAUUGACGUUGUAUACAAGAGAAUCAAAAUCCAGGGAUUUCUAGCUGGUGAUUACUUGAACAAUUUUGCAGAUUUCCUUUCAACAACAUGUGAUCACCUUCGCACUGGUAAAAUUCAGCCAUUGGAAGACAUCUCAGAUGGGGUUGAGAGUGCCCCCUCGGCUUUUAUCAGUCUCUUUCGCGGUCAAAACAUUGGAAAGAAGAUUGUUAAAAUUGCAGAAGAGUGAAUGGAGGAAAACUAUUUCUUGCCUGAAUGAUAAUCUGAAUGAACAUUUUGCUACAUUUACUUUUUGAAUGUUUACUACGUAGCAUAUAGUAUGAUAUGAUAAAUAUUGUCGACUUGGCUGCUGUGUUAUGUCCACCUAAAA